AUGCGAUUGAAUAUCUACAAGACGCCUAAUAAUGUUUGGGUACCAAACCGUUUUAAAUUCAAUGUUGAAAACGAUAAGAAGCAGGAUAUUCUUUUACUUUUACCUUUUUUUUCCUUGUCUCUUUUCUAUUUUUCUUUUUAUCUUCACUCUUUUUCAGCGUUUUUACAGUCUUUAUCAUUCUUUCUUCUUUUACCCUCUUUGAUUUGUUCUGUCUUUCUUUCUUUUGUGUUUCUUUUAACCGCUUUCUUCCUUCCCUCCUUAUUUCUCCUUUCCUCUUUAAAUAUUUCGUUCACACGCUUCUUCAUUUUACUUUUUUGUUCAUUUUUCAUUCCGUUUCCUUCCUCUUUUAUAUUUUCAUUUAUUUAUUCGUUCUUUUCUCACCAUUUUCACAGGAUUUGCUGUUUUAUAAUCAGACUUCUCUCUUUUUUAUUCUUUCUCUUGCUUUUAGCCUUUCUUGAAAUUAAUUGUUUUUAUUCUCCUCUCUCUUUUUUCCAUCUCUCUAUCUCUCUUUCAUUCAGUCUUUCUGUGAUCUUUGGCGCUUUCUGUGAUUUCUCUCUACCAGAUCUGUUUUGUAUCAUGGCGAAUGAUCUCUCUCUCUCUCUCUCUCUCUUUUUUUCUCCCUUUCUCUCUCUGUCACUCUCUCUCUCUCACACAGGGUGUGCGUAA